UGUUGGGCAGCCAACAGUUACAUGCUCGAGUAAGCUUAGAUCAACCAAAUGGUAUUGAACAGAUUGAGGCAUGAAAUGAAGCUUGAAUUGGAUCAAGAUAGUGGGUUAGGGUGCCUCAGAAUGUCCCUUUCUUUUUGGAACAAAAAUGUCCUCUCUAAUCCUCCCAGGGGAAUUACCCCUUAUAUAGAGACAGUGUGCCAUGAUAUGAGGUUUAUGUCAGGAACUGGGUCAUUGUGAUGGAUCUGUGUUGACUGAGAGUCUCGCAUUGAACAUCAGUGCUCAGUCCGUGAAUCUUAGUGCCAAGGAAC